CAGAGCCAGAAAAGAUAUAGAGAUGGCUGGAGUGUUACCGUGCCUAACCUUAGCAGCCACUCUUCUGCUAGCAACCAUCAAGAGCGGCACGUCCAGGAUGGCAAAGCCUGGCUGCAGAGAAACCUGCGGCGAUCUCACUAUUCCCUACCCCUUCGGCAUCGGUCCUGGCUGCUACUACAGCCAAGGGUUCGACGUUUCAUGCGAGGAUAACCGCAGUUUCGUGCACAACUCAAGUAGCCGAAUGGAGAUCUACAACAUCAGCCUUCUAGGAGGGCAGGUCCGAAUCAACACCUUGAUUACCUCCAAGUGCUACUACAAGAACGGCACCACCACAGAUGGAUGGGUCUCAACGGGUACUGCUCAGUUUUUCACACUAUCCAGCAAGGCCAACAAGUUAACGGCCAUUGGUUGCUACACUCUUGCAUUCUUGGGAGGCUACAAUGGGCAUACAGCUGCAACAGGGUGCUUAUCUAUGUGCCUGGACCAGCAGAGCGUGGAUCAGAGUGGCCAGUGCUCUGGCAUGGGCUGCUGCCAGACAUCAAUUGCGCCAAACCUCACUUCCUUCAACAUAACCUUCGAUGGGAGGUACAAUAAUUACGAGGUGCUUGGUUUCGACCCAUGCAGCUAUGCCUUCGUCGCUGAGCAGGAUUGGUUCAGGUUUGAGGCUUCUUACCUCGAGGAUAAUAAGUUAACAGAGAAGUUCAAGGAUGGAGUUCCUGCUGUGUUUGACUGGGUUACUGGAAACCAAUCCUGUGAUGAAGCGGUUAAGAACAUAUCAUCAUAUGCCUGCAUUAGCAAGAACAGCCAGUGUGUCAACUCACCAAAUGCUACAGGGUACCUCUGCAACUGCACCGACGGCUUCAAAGGGAACCCCUACCUGGAAGAUGGGUGCCAAGAUAUCAAUGAAUGUCAAAAUCCAGAUCGGUAUCCGUGCCAUGGAAUUUGCAGUAACACAGUAGGGCAUUACAGUUGUUCCAGCCCAUCUGGGAGUCACAGCGUAGAUACAAAGAUCUCAACCUGCAGUCCAGAUGCAGACUCAGAAAAGGCUAAAUUAACAAAAAUGUUUAUAGGUAUUUCAACAUGUGCUAUACUUCUGCUUAACUGCGUUUUUGCACUGCUGAUUGAAUGUCAGAAGAAAAGGCUGAUGAAAGAAAAGGAGAGAUUCUUCCAACAAAAUGGGGGCCUGCUGUUAUAUGAGCAAAUCAGAUCUAAGCAAGUUGACACAGUGAGAAUAUUCACAACAGAAGAACUAGAGCAGGCAACAAACAACUUUGACUCAAGCAGAGAAGUAGGGAGAGGCAGCUAUGGCACUGUUUACAAGGGAAUUCUGAAAGACAACAGAGUAGUAGCCAUCAAACGCUCAAAGAUCAUGAACAUGGUUCAGAAAGAUGAUUUUGUGCAAGAGAUGAUUAUACUUUCACAGAUCAACCAUAGAAAUGUAGUCAAGCUUCUCGGUUGUUGCUUAGAAGUUGAAGUUCCCAUGUUAGUCUAUGAAUUCAUGCCAAAUGGCACUCUAUUUGAUCUGAUACAUGUCACAUACCGAAGCCCAUCCAUUUCUUUAGAAGCUCGUCUCAGGAUUGCCCAGGAAUCUGCAGAAGCAUUGGCAUAUCUGCACUCAUCAGCAUCCCCUCCCAUAGUUCAUGGAGAUGUAAAAUCUCCAAACAUUCUCCUAGGUGACAACUACAUUGCAAAAGUUUCUGACUUUGGAGCAUCAAGAAUGCUUCCGAAGGAUGAAAUACAAUUUAUGACCAUGGUCCAGGGAACUUUGGGUUAUCUAGACCCUGAAUACUUACAAGAGCGUCAACUAACAGAGAAGAGUAAUGUUUACAGUUUUGGAGUUGUGCUUCUAGAGCUAAUUACAAGGAAGACAGCGAUUUAUUCUGAUGUUUCUGAAGAAAAGAAAAGCCUGGCAUCAUCUUUCCUUCUGGCAUUGAAAGAGAGCAGACUUCAAUCUAUCUUGGACAGAAGUAUAUUGGGUGUUGGAAUGGAGCUGCUCCAAGAAGUUGCCCAACUUGCAAAGUGUUGCUUGAGUAUGAAGGGGGAAGAACGGCCAUUAAUGUCAGAAGUGGCUGAAAGGUUGAGAUUUAUACGGAGAACCUCGCGAGAACAAUUGACUGAGAAUGCUAGUGAAGAAACUGAAUGUAUGCUUGAAAACCCAUCGAACUAUGACCCUUCUAGUACUGGGUGCCAUGGAAAUUUGGUGGCACUAGAUUUAGAAAUUGGUAGAUGAUAAAUGUGCAAACACCAAAACUAUAGAUCGUCAUUUUUUUACUGACAUAAAUACCCUGUUACAUGUAACAUUUGUUUUUGGCAUCAAUUCUCAAUAUGAAUGGCAAACUUGUCAGAUUUUGAAGGUACUCCAGCCAGGUUUAGCAACACAAAUUUGUCAUGGAAUUGCUUAUUACAAUUCACA